AUGGCGAUCACCUCGCCCAAAUGCCCGAAGGAGAGCAAAAUGGGAGCCACUGUUAGAAGUUGGAUAGCGAGACCGAUCUUAAAUCCUGACUUCACGGACGAUCCAUCCCUCGAAGAUGUCUACGUGGGUGUACUUAAGCAGAAAAAGGAUAUCUCGACUGCGAUUCAGAGUAUUUCUUCCAUUCUGCCAGGUUUCCAGCACCUCAAACGCUGCUCCUCCAACAGACUACUAUUGGCACCGUUAAAUUGUACGAAAAUAUCAGCAGAAAUGGAAAAUUCAUCCGAAAAAUGUAUCUUGACGGAAGAGAAAUUAAAAAUAAUGUUAAGAGAAAAAGGGUUUGACUUAUCUUUAUUGGAAGAUAAUUUUCAGAUAUUGAAAGUACCAGCAAGAAGAGUCAAAACGAAAGCGCAAGCGACUCGGGCCUCAAACAUUUGGCCUUUGAACUUUCAUCCGGAUCCAAAUAUCGAAUGUCUGAUCGAUGGAUCAAUUUUUACAGAACAUCAAUUAAACCUGAUAGAGAGGUAUAUGAACGUUGCAGUGGAAGCAGCCAAAUUAGAGGCUGUCGGUGAUCAGAAUUGCAACGGCAGCGCUGUGAUUGUUGACCCGGAGGAUGGAAGAAUUCUUGCAAUUGCUGCCUCGAAAAUCGAUCAACAUCCAAUGUGGCACGCAGCUAUGCUCGUCGUGGAUCUUGUUGCCAAACUUCAAGGUGGGGGUGCUUGGAAAUUAGAAUCAAAAUUUGAACAGAGUAGUGAUAAUUCAGAGACGAUCGAUUCUACAGACAAAAUAGAAAACUAUGUAACAAGGGAAAUAAAUAUUAAAAGAAAAUAUGUAGAGGAAGCUCCGCUUUAUUAUCCAACAUCGUUAACGAAAAUUAAUCUUCCAAAAGAGGAAUCUCUGGCAUCUUCUGCGAUUCGACGAGGACGAAGGAAUAAUAAUUCCAGCCAUAAAUCGGAACAAACGGCAACAAACACGGAAAAAUGUGGCCCUUAUUUAUGCACGGGAUAUUGGGCGUUUCUAUUAAUGGAACCAUGCCCUCUCUGCGCUAUGGCACUCUUGCACUCUAGAGUUUUAAGGAUAUUUUACGGUAUUUCCAAUAAAACUACAGGCGUGUUAGGAACCAAGACGAUUUUACACGCUGUGCCAGGAUUGAAUCAUCGAUAUCAGGUUUGGAGUGGUGUUCUGGAGCAAGAAUGUCAACGAGUGUUACAAGAUAUCGAGCACAGAAAUAUGAAUUGA